AUGGUGAAAGGAUUUGAAGUAGUUAUGGUUAGAGGGUAUGAUCUAAAGAGAGACUUAACGAGAGUGGAAGAGCUUGAGAAAAGCUGUGAAAUCGGAUCUUUGUUAGUGGAUCUCAUGGGUGACCCGCUUGCCCGGAUCCGACAAUCUCCUUCUUUCCACAUGUUGGCACAGAUCGGUGAUGAGAUAGUUGGGAUUAUCCGAGGAACGAUCAAGAUGGUGACACGUGGUGGAAACACAUUACUUGAUCGUCGUCAUGAACACGACGACGUUUCACCGGAAAUUAACACCACCAAACUCGCCUUCGUUUCCGGUCUCCGAGUCUCACCGUUUUACAGGAGGAUGGGAAUAGGACUGAAAUUGGUGCAAAGACUCGAAGAGUGGUUUCGACGAAACGGCGCCGUUUAUGCUUACGUGCAAACCGAAAACGACAACGCAGCUUCGGUCAAACUCUUCACCGAGAAAAGCGGUUACUCAAAAUUCCGUACACCGACUUUCCUGGUCAACCCGGUUUUCAACCACCGAGUCACAGUCUCAAACCGAGUCAAAAUCAUCAAACUCGCUCCCUCCGUCGCCGAGUCACUCUACCGCAACCGAUUCUCCUCCACCGAGUUUUUCCCUUCCGACAUCAACUCAAUCCUCACCAACAAACUCUCACUUGGAACUUUCCUCGCCGUGCCACGUGGCAGUGACUACGUUACCGGGUCUUUACCCGACCCGACUAAGUCAUGGGCAGUGUUAAGUAUCUGGAACAGUAGAGAAGUCUACAGGCUUCAAGUCAAAGGAACGUCGCGUCUCAAACGCUAUUUAGCGAAGACAACGCGCGUUUUCGACGGCGCGUUUCCGUUUCUGAAAAUCCCUUCGUUUCCUAAUCUUUUCAAGCCGUUCUCUAUGCAUUUCUUGUACGGUAUCGGCGGAGAAGGGCCACGUGCGGCGGAGAUGGUGGAGGCGCUUUGUUCGCACGCGCAUAACGUCGCAAGAAAAAGCGGUUGCUCCGUCGUGGCUGCUGAGGUGGCGAGCUGUGAGCCACUCAGAGUUGGUGUUCCUCAUUGGAAAAAGCUUUCGCCGGAGGAUUUGUGGUGCCUGAAACGUCUCCGUGACGAUGACGACGGUGUAGACUGGACUAAGUCAACGCCUGGAUUGUCCAUUUUCGUUGACCCUAGAGAUAUAUAG